AAGUACAAUUCUGGGCUAAAGUUCAACCUCAUGCUGUUCCCAGUCCGAUAUCUGUGCUAGUCACCACUUUUAAAACGAGAAAAACACUAUGAAAACGUAAGUUAGGGACUUUGCUUACUCUUGGCAAUACACUUUUACAAGACAGCCUGCCAGAUCAGGAAUAAAAACUGCACUGUUUGGGUAUUCUUUUACAUUGCAAAACUUCUCUUGAGGACAUCGCCAAACACCAGAAAAUGCAGCUGCAUCCCCAAAUCCUUGUCCUUGUUGCCUUCCUUUGGAGUGUCCCACCACUUUCCCUGGCUGGGAAGAUCCUCGUGUACCCAGUGGAUGGAAGCCACUGGCUUAACAUGGACAUUUUGCUGCGAGAACUUCAUCAGCGUGGUCACAAAUUGACAGUUGUCCGUUCUGCUAACAGCUGGUACAUACCAGAGAACACCACACACUAUACGCCCAUCACCAUCCAUGCCGAUCAUCUCACUAGCCUGGAGGACCCCAAGUACAUGGCGUCUUUUCUUAAGAGAAACAUUGACAUUCAAAGAGGGGAAGGAUCUGUUUGGUCAUUCAUGGCCCUUCAGAAAGAAGUAAUUACUCUUCUAGAAGAGUCUCACAAGUCUUCUGCUGAGAUGGUGAGGACCAUUCUAGAGGAUAAAAAGCUUGUAAAAACACUUAAAGAGUCCAAGUAUGAUUUGAUGCUAACUGAUCCUGGUUUUGCAGGAGGUGUCAUACUGGGCAUGUACUUGGGUCUACCAAUGGUGUUCAAUGUACGAUGGAUAACAAAUGGAGAAGGGCACUUUGCAAUUGCACCCUCGCCGCUUUCUUACAUCCCGACUAUCGGAUCUAGGGUGACAGAUAAAAUGAGUUUUGCAAAUAAAAUGAAAAAUAUCUUGCAUUUUGGAAUCGGCCAAUACAUAGACCACAUGAUCACAAGGCCUCUUUAUCAAGGAGUUAUCAGCAAAUACAUAGACCCAAACUCCAAUGUGUACUCUCUGAUCCAAGGAGCGGAUCUGUGGCUCAUGCGAGUAGAUUUUGUAUUCGAGUUCCCUCGACCUACUAUGCCCAAUGUGGUCUAUAUUGGAGGCUUCCAGUGUAAACCAUCCAAACCUCUACCAAAUGAAUUGGAGAAGUUUGUCGAGAGCUCUGGAGAGCACGGGGUUGUGAUCAUGUCUUUGGGUACUCUGCUUGGAAGUCUGGGUCCUGACAUAUCCGAAGUUGUAGCCGCCGCUUUUGCUCGUUUGCCACAAAAGGUGGUUUGGAGGCAUGUUGGGAAAAAGCCAUCUAAAUUGGGGAACAAUACACUGAUAGUGGACUGGCUGCCUCAGAAUGACCUCUUAGGCCAUUCUAAAACUAAAGCUUUCGUGACACACGGAGGAACGAAUGGUAUCUACGAGGCGAUUUACCACGGUGUUCCAAUGCUUGGACUUCCGCUCAUCUUCGACCAGUUUGACAACAUGAUUCGCCUGGAAGCCAGAGGGGUGGCUCAAGUGCUUGAUGUCGCAACCCUGGAUGUAGAUAUCCUUACACAAACCCUAAAGGACAUCCUGGAUGAAAAUCAGCCAUACCAGAAGAACAUGCGCAGAAUGUCAAGCCUACAUCGUGACACUCCGCUCAAGCCAAUGGACAGUGCCGUCUUUUGGCUGGAGUUUGUCAUGAGGCAUAAGGGUGCAGCACACUUGCACACAGAGUCCUACAGGCUUCCUUGGUAUUCCUACUACUGCGUGGACGUCUUAAUGCUGAUAGUGAGUUUGUUUAUGGCAGUCUGCCUGCUCUUGGUUUUGAUGAGCAAGGCUUUGCUGAAAGUUUUUGUCAAGAAAAGGAAAUCUAAAAAAGACUGAAGACAUGUCUUUGGCAACACUAGAUUUAUAGAUAAAUAUAUAGGCUGAUAUCAUUAAUAGGACUCUACGCAUCCCUUUCAAUGUGGAAAGGGUUGAUUAGUUAGCAUGUUAGUCCCUGCGGGUAGAUGCAACUAUUCCAUCUGGUUAAAUAAAAAAUCUUUCUAAUUUUGCAAGCAUUAUUUAAGUCAAACUUCUAACAGUGUUUAGAUAAAUAUGAAUCUUAACAGAUAACUUCAAUAUGGUACUAAACAACAUCCUAUAUUUCUACAGAAUUGCAAUUUAUAACCAACUUUCCCAAACCAUCUGCACUGCUGCAACUUUUGGUUGAGAAUGUUGCUAGGUCAGUCAGUUCUAUCAAACAGAGCAGUGUUUUGUUGACGCCACUGAACCAGCAUACGCACUUUUUGGGAAAACAAAUCUAUGAAUGGCUAACUUGGAAUUUCAAUAUACAUAAAAUUACACACAUCAGCUUUAAGGUUCAUACAAAUACAUUUGGUCAAUUAAUAUGUUUCUAACUGGAUAUUUUUGUUUUAAAAAAGGAAAUGCAACAGACUUUUUUUCCAGUUUGUUUUAUUGAUUUGUACAGACAUUGAAUGAACCAGCUGUCUAUUUUGCACAUAAAUAUUUCACUUAACACAACCAGCGGCAUGGUCAACAAAAAUAAAAUAAUUCAGAAAUCAGAGUCAUAAUGCGACAGAUGACCAAUGAUGCCGAACAUCUCCUACAUUUUGGAAUGGUAUCACUAUAUAUGGUUACAAUAGGUGAAACGCUUGAGAGAGAGUAAAAAAUAAAGUGCUCCAUCUUCA